GUCUUUCAUCGCGAGAUUGACAAAAAGGAUCAAUAAGGAGAUAAAUCAUCCUUCGGAGCCUUUGAACAGCUAAACCCGCUUCAUCACGCAUUUCGUGAUUAGAUUUGUCAGCUUCCGUUACGUCAAUAAUGGUGAUCUCGAUUUCUGAUGAAUAUUAAUUGCCUUCUUUGAUCAUCAAUUCAUGAUAUAUACUUAGCUUCACCAUGGCUGGCAGAGAGCGCAACAACGAUUCUCGUUCUGAAGCUUCUAAGAGCCGCGACCUGAUAUCCCGCGGUGACUACACUCCAACGCCCGUCGGAAAGGCUGUUUUCGUCAUUACCCGUGCGCUCGAUCCGUUUCUCCAAUACUCGAUCCUUGCACAUGGUACUGGAACGAUAUUUCUGCACCGCCUGGGCCUUCGAACCCUCCAUCCAGGACUCCCUGCUCCUAUUGGAGUACGUGUAAUCGACAACUUGGGAUUGUCACCAUAUAGACUCAUACUCCUAGGUAUGGCGGUGGGCAGCACAGUGAAGCAUAGUCUUUGGGUUACUGCUUUAUCGGGCGAUCCUCUAGAGAUUAAGAACGCACUCAUCGUCGGAGCCCUCAACACCAUUUUCAACAGUAUAAACUCGUACGCGUUUCUGCUCUCUGCUAUGUCCGCGUCGACCGAGUCUACCUUCCUUCAGGCUCCAUUGAUUGUCGGGAGCGCUCUCUACAUCACCGGCAUUGCCACCGAACUUGCUUCUGAAAUCCAAAGAAAGAGGUUCAAGUCGGACCCGAAUAACAAGGGUAAAGCAUACACUGGUGGAUUGUGGAGUCUAGCGAGGCAUAUUAACUACGGUGCAUUCACCAUUUGGAGAGCAGGCUACGCCAUGGCUUCGGGAGGGUGGAUCAUGGGUGCUGUGGUAGGAGCAUUCUUCUUUACCGAUUUCGCGACGCGAGGAGUUCCCAUCCUGAACGAAUACUGUGAGAAGCGAUAUGGUGUGGACUGGGGAAAUUUCAAACAGCAGACGAAGUGGCGUUUAAUACCGGGACUCUACUGAGCAGGAACAAGUUGGUCGGAGGGGCCACGGGAAUGUUCUAGUUGGCUUAACCUGGUAAAUUUUUUUUUUCCUUGGGCAAAAUUGGUUGAGCUCCGACUAAGUUUUGCAUGCAUUAGCGAUGGAACACACCAGCUGAAAACUACCGGCUUUCCGUCAAAAUGCCCUGUGAUGUUGUCAAGUUUGGCGUCGACUCUGCGGUCAGCUCUAUUCCGUAGCUGAUAGUGAAGGAGCUGUCAAGUUUUGCACUGUUGCCACUCCAACUAAGGAGGCUUCGACUGGAUCACCGAGUUGGCACGGGCUGUGGAGCCCAAGAACGACGUCUUCGACACCCUAUCAACGAUGUGUGCAACUAACUUCCCGACUAGGCAAU